AUGCAAACUGACGAAAUAACAGAGCAAUCAACUGAUCCAAUUACUCUUGAUGAAGUCAUUGGUCGUAUUGUAUCUGGCAGAUUUACACAUCAAGAAAAUCUCACCAUGUUAAAUAAAUUAACAACACAACAGCUCACAAGUUAUACACUGGACGGACUUGAUCCACUCACUGUUAUUAAUCCAGCUACAUUUUCAUUAGCCUAUCUCUACUUUAUUACAGCAAGGUGUUUGGAAGCAACUGAAAAUAAUGGAUUACAUUUGUUUCAAAUGUUGCAUCAUUUUAUUCAAGUAUUUGAAGUUGAACAAGUACAAUUAGCACCUUCGCGAUUCUCACUUGUCGGUAAAGCAUUGUUAUAUUUAACUGAAGUUAUGCAAAAGCCUUUAUUACCUCUUCAAACAUUCAAGUUAGCUAUUAAUCGUUUCUCAAAUAAUAAUCUACAUGAAUUAACUUCUCUUCAUGCUCCAUUUCUUCAAGCAUGUAUUUUAGCUAAAGCAUAUCGAUUCCCACUUGAUAUCUUGACCCAAGACAUUGAAAUAAUUGACCCUAAAAAAAACGAUAUUGAUAUUCAGGGCUUCUUGGAAUAUUUUUACUAUGGAGCCAUCAUCUACAUUGGUAAUAAGCGGUUUGGAGACGCUUUAGAUUCUUUAAGUAUUGUGAUUUCGGCUCCUAUACAAAAGGCGAUCAGUGCUAUUCAGAUUGCUGCCUACAAGAAAUAUGUGCUAGUCUCUCUUAUCUGGGAUGGCCGAUUGAGAGCAUUACCCAAGUAUACAGCGCAAGGAGUUGAAAAGAUGUGUAAGAUGCAGGCCACACCUUAUAUCAACCUAGUGAAGGCCUUUCAUGAUACCAGCAUAGAAAAGUUUCAAGAGAUUGUGAACAAGUCAUCUGUCUUUGAAGAUGAUCAGCAUAUAGGGUUAGUCAAACAAUGUUUUGAAGCAUUAAGACGCAAGAAAAUUAAAGAGUUGACGAGGGUCUAUAUAACAGUAGAACUAAAGGAGAUGGCCGAGAAGAUUGGGGAUAUGACAAUAGAGGAACUUGAGUUAAUUCUAAUUGACAUGGUAGUAUCUUAUAUAGCUAUCAUCAAAUGGAAUUUUUUACUUACUCGUACUAUUUAA